GCUGCCUGGGCCCCAGCCGGCGGCCUGCCUGGAGACGCGGGCUGGGCCGGCUUUUUUUAAGUCCGUGCCGGCUUUCUCUCUCCUCCCUCGCACCGCCGCCAUGGCUUCCGCGCUCCGUCCUGGCGCCUCCUCGCACCUGGCCCUGCUGCUCGGCGGCUGCCUGCUCUUUGGCGGACUCCCCGCUGGGGCUGGCGACCCGAAGGAUGGAAAGACGGAGGCGGCGGGAGGCGACGAGACGGACCCGCACGCGCGCCACCUCUACAACGCCGAGAUGCUGAGGCACGGCGUCCAGAGCGCCCCGCACUUCGUCAUGUUCUUCGCCCCGUGGUGUGGACACUGUCAGCGUUUGCAGCCAACUUGGAAUGAACUUGGAGACAAAUACAACAGUGUGGAAAAUUCACAAGUUUAUGUUGUGAAAGUAGAUUGCACUACAGAUACACCACUAUGUUCUGAAUUUGGUGUCAGAGGAUACCCAACCCUAAAACUAUUUAGACCAGACCGAGAAACACUGAAGUAUCAAGGAGGUAGAGACUUUCAGUCACUGGAAAACUGGAUGUUGCAGAAUCUAAAACAGGAAUCUGUUGAGCAAGAAUCGGAGUCCUCAAAAUCCUCUGAAUCAAAGCACGGCCUAUAUGAGCUCUCAACAGCUAAUUUCAAAACGCAUAUUGCACAAGGCAGUCACUUUAUCAAGUUUUUUGCCCCAUGGUGUGGCCACUGCAAGGCAUUGGCUCCGUCUUGGGAACAGCUGGCUUUGUUCCUUGAAAACUCUGAGACUGUCAAGAUUGGCAAGGUGGACUGCACACAGAAUUCUGAAAUCUGCUCCUCAUACCAAGUGCGUGGCUAUCCAACCCUCCUUUGGUUCAGAGAUGGAGAAAAGGCUGACCAGUACAAAGGCAAGAGAGACCUGGAUUCCUUGAAAGAAUAUGUGGCUUCCCAGUUGAAAACCCUCGAAGAAAAUUCAGGUGAUGCUAAGCCUACCGAAGCUCCACCACCACCACCACCACCUAGAGAAAUAAUUCCUGAGGGAGAGGGCAAGGUCCUUUCCCUCUCUGAAGAAGACUUUGAUAAAGAAGUUUCCAAAGGGAUCACCUUCAUCAAGUUCUACGCUCCAUGGUGUGGUCACUGUAAAAACCUGGCUCCCACUUGGGAGAACCUCUCAAAAAAGAAUUUUCCAGGCCGGAUGGAUGUCAAGAUAGCAGAAGUAGACUGUACUGUUGAACGCAAUGUCUGUAACAGAUUUUCUGUGCGUGGCUACCCAACUCUGAUGCUUUUCCGUGGUGGGGAGAAAGUGACCGAACACACUGGAGCCAGAGAUCUUGAAACACUGCACAACUUUGUUUUGCGGCAAGCAAGGGAUGAACUGUAAAAAAAAAAUGUACCUGUUUGGAUACUGCUGCCCUUGGCUGUGUCUGCCCAGUAAACGAGAGAGUUGAAUCAUGGUAAUGUUAAGAGUUUUCCAGUAGUGGUUAUUGGGAAACUGAAUAUGUUCAAGCGUGGUAUCUUCUGAGUGUGUGUGUGUGUUUCUUGCAGCCCUACUGCAUUGGCCUUGAGUGUGGCUUAUAACAAGUAGUCACUGUUCAAAUUGAGAAUAUUUUCAGUAUCGGUUGCAUUAAUGAACUUCCACUUGUCCUAUGAUGAAAAAGUAAAUUGUCACUUUGAGACAAAAAUAAGUGAGGAAAGGUUGAAAUUAAGGGGACGUGGUAGAUUAUUUUCAUUAGUGGGUGAAGCAAGUUUGAAAACUUGCAUUCAUACAGCAAAUAAAGCUGCACAUCGUAACUUUAUUUUAUUGUACUGGUAAAUUGCUGCAUUUUAAUGAAUAUCAUGCAGGUGCACAUUCAGAGACAGGUUAAAUGGAAGUUCAAAAAGAAAACACAUACGCACACUUUAGGAAGAUACUCCUGUCUACUCUGGGUUGCUCGAUUGCUGUUCUUGAUUUCUCCUGUCAGGGGAGAUCGGAAAGGAAAAGUGGUGGUGCUCGAACAUGUGCUUGCUUACCAAUGAAUUGUGCUGUUUGUCAGGUAGUUUUCAUAAUUUUUAAAGCUAUCAGUCCCUUUUAGUCAUCUGCAAAGCAAUUUGGCUCCCUUCAUGCAUAAUCAGUGUUCAUUUAAAUGAUCAGAUAACACAAGAUCAGAUCUUUUUAAAAGUCCCUUCUUGGAACCAUAAGCAGAGUCAGAGUUUUUAGAGGUAGAUCAGGGUCCAGUGGCUUUAUUAUUCUCUAAUGAGCAAAAUCUUAAGAGCUGCUGACAAAUCUUUUCUCAUUUUAAAUAUUAUUGCAAGGUACUGUAAACGACAGAAUCAGCUUCUCUGAAAAACCCUUCCCUUUUUUAGUUUAGAGCAUUCUCUCUCCUUCCUUGUGUUCCCAUUUAGGGUGCUUUCCACGCAGGGAUGGACAGUGCAACAGCAAUGGGGCUUCCACGUGGCAGGUUCCUGCCCCAGCCCCCCAAAAGCAGCCACCACUCCUCUCCUCUGUGCCACCAGGGCUUUUGCAAAAAAAUCGGCAGUAGAAUAUCAUUUUAGCAAUAUAAUUUUAGGUGGCUAGGCAUGUUGGUCUGCAGUAGAACAUCAGCUGAAGGGAACUCUGACUCUCAAAAGCUCACACCCUGAAAAUCUUGGUGGUCUGUAAGGUCUGUAAGUGAAAUCCUGCUUUGCAAUAAUAAUAAAAAAAAGUAAAGCCCUAGCACCUUCUAUUGCAUACAUGCCUUUACACUUACAUUUUUGCAACAAAAGAGUCUAAAGGCUUUUUUCUUUAAAUGAAAGCUGAGAAUUCAGAGACCCUGGUACGCACAUUGGUAUAAUGUUGUAUCAAUAUAACGAUAUAAAGGCAGACAUGCCUUGACAUUUAUCUCUGCAACAGAAGAGGCUAAAGACCUUUUUCUUUAAAUGAAAGCUGAGAAUUCAGAGAACCUGGCACACACAUUGAUGUAACGUCGUAUUGCUAUAACGAUAUUCUAGUGCCAAUUUUUAUAAAAAAAUUAAAAGCCCCCCAGAGGCAAGUGGAAGAAAUGGCCACUGCUGGGACAAGGUUAGGGAAGAUGGCUGUCAUUUGAGUGAGAAAAUCCAAAUUUUCAUACACACACAGUAGUCAUCCAGGCUUUAGUGCAAUCUUUUCCCCAAAUUUCAGAGCAAGUCAGGUUUAAGAAAGAUCAGAGAAAAUACACCCAGGAGAUGUAUGAAUGCACACAAUGCUGUGUGGAUACAGAGGGGAAAAAUAAAACACUCCCCAAAAGCAUCAAACCCGAGGCAGAUAAUCUGUGCAGAAAUGGCCUAGGACAAUAGAAAGUAUUCCACAUGGAGGACACAACUAAAGCCAAAGAAUCUCAAGCGCCAGUUCCGAUGCAAGACGAAAGUAGGCCAGCAAAUUAGAUUUUAAAACUUACACUAGUCGUUAUAUGAACCUAUAUUGCCGUUUCAGGAAGGAGUUGUGGCUUGUAAAAAUGCACAGACUUGUCUGUAGAAAGAUGCUCUUGCCAUGUGUCUGUCUCAGUUGGGAUGAUGCAACUUUCACUAGCCAUGUCUGCAUUUUACUGCUUGUACAGUAGUACAUUUUCUGUAUGAAAGGCCAGUUCCCAAACAAUUUUUUUUAAAAAGAUGGGCAUACGGCAGAUACAUCAGAUCACCAGGUAAAUUUCUGCCUUAAAAGGAGCCUUUAUUCAUGACGGCUUUUUAAAAACCUUCUAAUGAAGCACAAUCUCGUGAACACACUGAGCUGUGAGCCACGAGUUUCUUGUACAAAAUCAAGUGGUACAAUUGUUUACACAAACAUACUUUCUGAAUAAAAUCUUUUUUUACAAAAAAAA